AUGUGUCAGAUCGACGUGUAUAAUCUCCACCCGACAGGCUGGGAAUCCGACCCAGAAGACGAAUACCACCAAGCAGACAAACACAAAAUCGUCGAGGUCCUCAAGCAAGGCCUUGAAAUCACACUCAGCCAAUGCCGCCGCCUCUGCGGGACACUGAAAGAACAUCCCGAAGGCAGCGGAGAAGGCGAACUGUGCUUCCACAAGAGGCGUGACGACACGGUCGAGUUCCACGUCCAGUGGCUCGACGGCACCAACACCAACGACAAUGACAACGGUGAUGAAAAGUACCCCUCCUAUGCCGACUUUGAACGCCAGCACUUCAGCACCCGCGCCUUCGGCCCCGACCUGAACCUAUGGUGCGUCGCGCCCAUGACGCCCGCCGAAAAACCCUCCAACCGUCCAGAGAACAAGCCCAAGGCGGCCUCCUUCAAAGCGAGCUUUAUCCCCGGCGACGGGCUGGUGUUGAUGAUGAUGCACCACCACCUCGCCAACGACGUCACGGGGUGGGCGGGCGAACUUCACCAGCUGGCCGAGAACUGUGCCGCCAUCUGGGCUGCAUCGGCGUCGGCGUCGGGUGUGACGGUCACUAGCGCUGCUACGCUGCCGGAGCUGCCUCCGUGGGACCCCGCGUGCCUGGACCUCUCGCGCGUCACGGCCCCGGACCCGCCCGCUGAUCAACUUGUUGACGGACCGCCUCGUCCGUCGCGACAUCCUGAUCAGAGGGCUGCUUCAAGGUUGCUUUUCCAUAUUCCGCGGAGUAAGUUGCUUGAGUUGAAGCGGUUGGCGACACCAGUCCCGGCCCCGGCUGCGGAUGAAAGCACCAGCGACAACUGCAACUGGAUCUCAAGCUACGAUGCUCUUAAUGCGUACCUAUUGAGAGUCUUGCUGAAGCACAAAGCCCGAUUGCACAAGUCUGAUCCAGAGGCGCUCGUUGAAUGGGUUGAGGCUGUGGAUGUGAGGAGACGGCUGUGCGAUGCUUCGGGGAAGCCGAUGCCGGCGCGCACGCAGGGAAAUGUGAUUGCCGUUGCUAUCGCGUCGAGAAGUACUCAGAUUGUACCGCAGUUUACAAUCAAGGAUAUUGUUGAGGAGGCACCUUUUCCCAAACUUGCGUGGUACAUCCGCCAACUCACAAACAGCAUCACGCCAACCGCCAUAGGCGCAAUGCUAUCCGGCAUCGCCCACAUCCGCAACAAGCUAACCCUCUACGCCGGCUCCGACACCUUCCCGCCCACGACCCUCCUCGUCACAGACUGGCGUGACGCCGACCCGUACACCGCGGAUUUCGGUUUCGGCUGCCCUAGCGGGUUCCGGUGUCCGUGGGACUCUGUGACGGGAGGGCUCGUGGUGAUUUACCCGCCGCGUCCUGCGGCUGUGGGCGAGAGUCCCAGUGGAGAGGACGAGGGGAACGAGAUCUCGUUGGCGGUUGAGAAGGAGCUUGUGUGGGAUUUGCUUGCGGAUCCGAAGUGGAAUCGGAUGUUUGAGUUUAGAGGGGUUGAGGUUGAGGAUGAGUGA